UCGAGUCAGUCCGAUGUGUGUCAGAAUCGUGUUGUGCAACUAUCGGACCUGUCUAGCCGACGUCCGACGGCAAUCUGAUGAGUGUCCGAUGAUUUACUGUCAUCUGACGCUCAUCUGAUUGCAAUCGGCGGUCUGCCCGACGCGCCUGAUAGCCGCCCAUCACCAAUUCGAUUCUCAUCGGCGGUUAACGUGAUAAUUAGUACCGUCCGAUUGCUAUCCGUUGUGACAUCGGAGGGUAAUCGCUCAUUAACCAAACUGCCAUCCGACACAUAUCGCAUAGCAAGCGGCGACAUCUGAAGGCCAACGGACUAUGAAAGGAGGGCCAGCCGACGCUGACUUCACAUAUUUUCUCGGACACUACACAGCACCAAGAUCUUAAAUAUGGCUCCAAGAAAAAACAGAAAUGUUCGAGGACAGAAGGCUAAGAAGAGACCUCCCGACACUCCACAACAAUCUCAAGUGGCAGAAGAAUCCUCUGUGCCUUCUCCUGAGGAUGCAGAGACGGAGGAUAGGCCUAUUCAGGCCCCAAUCACUGCUCAGCCACACGACUCUCCUUGUGUUAUUGGCACCGUGAGGCCAGGCAGCACUGCUGCUACCACCAGCAUCACCACCGUCAUCACCGCCACAAACUUUACUGCAGGUUCCACAUCCACUGCCUCCACAGCUGCUACUCCUGCUUCUGCAGAUGAAGAUGACGAUGAAGAUGAGACAGAAAAAGGCAGGGACACUGAUGGAGAAAAUGCCCAGCCCCCUGCAAAGAGAAGGCGUAAGGCCCCGAGGCCUCCUGUCGUCCUUUCCGAAGAAGAAAUGGUGGAGGUAGCUGAAUUCCUCAAGGAGAACGAUAGCCUGUAUAACAAAUCAAGAGACCUCUGGAGGGACACCCAGGCCAGAGCACGUCUGUGGGAUCAGCAAGGACAGGCCAUGGACAAGACGGGGUUGGAGCUGCAACAGUGGUACGAGAGUCUGAGGACAAAGCUUGGACGGCUAAAGAAGAAAGCACAAAAGAGUGGAUCUGGAGCUGAGGUCCUUACUGAUCUACAGGAACGUAUUGAGGCCAGAGGACAAGCACCUCGGGAGGAGGAGGAAGAAGAAGAGGACCAGGAGCGAGGGGUGGAAAGACAGGUAGAGCCAGCCCAGCCAGAAAACCAGGAGGAAGCUACCACUAAUCAGCAGUCUUUAGAUGGAGCCAGCAAGGAAAGCACUCCAUUCCCCAGGGGCAGCAGGUACAACAAGGGUAAGGCACCACAAAAGUCCCCGAGACAGCAGGAGACGGAUGUUCUGGAUCAUCUUAUCAAGAACCAGCAAAACAGCGAGCAGCUGAUGGCCCUUUCUGCCCAGGUGUUGCGUACACUUGACAGGCCCCAGUCACAGCAUCCAGACCGUGAGCAGUUCACUAACUACGUCGGUUCGGUGCUGCAGCAACUCCCUGAUGACUUGUAUAGGAAGGCAAACAGACUGCUGAGCAACUUGCUCCUUGACAUACAAGAUGAAGCCAGCACCAGACGCCAAGACUCUCUGUUCAUGCAGCAUCGACACACAUCACUGCAACCUCCCUCGGAUCCUCCAAUAGCAAGACCUGGUACAAGUUCAGGGGUCAGUCAACCCCCCUGCGGAGAUGGAUGGCAGCCCCCACCACACCUUUGGCCUACCAACCCAGUUUCCACCAGCGUUUGGCACUCCAUGAAGCAGUCCUACAUGGCGAACGUGAUACCUGGGAUGAACGACCAUUCAACGCCCUCCUACACCACCAUGCAGCCACGCUCCGCCAGCGCCCCUUCUCUCUCAGCAGGCAGAAGUUCUAGGGAGUCAAGUGACUUUAGUAUGACAAGCUUCUUGGCAAGCCUGAAUGAUUCAUCUCAGACGCCCCAGCAGCAGCAGACCCAGCAAUGUUCACAGGAAGAUUAG